AUGCCUUCAUCGAAAUUAAGUCAGGUUGAAUACCUUGUAAAUUUACUUGGCCGGAAGCGGAACGUUGUUGAACGGGAAGUGGAAGAAGAUCCUGAUCAACCAGACCCCGACAAUAAUUACUCAGAUACAGAUUUUGAAGAAGUUGUAUAUACACAUUUGACGCGAGACGAAAUGAUUGAUCAGUUGCAUAGAAAGUGUCUGUCCGGUGAUUGGGCCAUGAACUUGCCUCCCAUUGAGCUUCAAUAUCAAUCGAGCACGACUGAGCAGCAAGACGAAUGUCUCAAUGAUGUCAUUGAGACUUAUUUGGAGACCCCCGAAUUGAAAUUUCACAAAGAAGCCCAUUUGAACUAUGCAAAGAAAUGUCUUACAGCUAAAUUGCCUAGUGGAUACAAAUCUCUCGAUGCCAAUCACCCAUGGAUGAUGUAUUGGUUGUUGAAUUCCUACUUGGUAAUACAUACCAAUGAUGGAGACCAAACCUUGGAUGAGGAUACCAUCAGCUUGAUUAACGAUAAAAUUGAGUCAUGUAUUGUAGAUGAUGGAAGAGGUGGAAUUGCUGGUGGGGCAAACCAAGUGGGCCAUCUAGCAUCAACAUAUGCAGCUGUUUUGACCUUAUUACUUACUAAAAAUACAGGUACAUUGUUGAGAAUAAGGGACAACUUGUACACAUGGAUUGUGAGUUUAAAACGAAAGGUUAAGUAUGGAUCAUCAUUUAUCAUGCAUGAACUAGGGGAAUAUGACACUCGAUCGACAUAUUGUGCCCUUGUCAUUUCAUCGUUGUUGAACAUAAUGACGCCAGAAUUGAUUGAAGGUGUACAAGAUUGGAUAGUUUCCUGUCAAACAUAUGAAGGUGGUUUUGCAGGAGUACCCCACACCGAAGCCCAUGGAGGCUACACAUUUUGUGCAUUUGCAUCAUUGUUUAUAAUAAACAAAGACCCACAAGCUAUCAUUGAACAAAUAAAAUUUGACAAGUUUAUUAGGUGGUGCAUUGAAAGACAAACUUAUGAGGGUGGGUUUUCAGGGAGAACCAACAAGUUAGUUGAUGCCUGUUAUAGUUUUUGGAUUGGAGCAUUAACACCGAUGGUUGAGGUUCUACACCAACCACACGCAAUCAGUAGAGUUGCUUUGAAAAAUUACAUUUUAAGAGUUGCUCAGGUUGAAUCCGGUGGGUUUCGUGACAAGCCAGGAAAGCUGGUUGACUUUUAUCAUACAAAUUACACAUUAUGUGGACUCAGUUUCUGCGAACAUGAAUAUCAUCUAGACGAAAAUGAUGAAGGGAUAUGUUUGGCCCUCAGGUUUGUUAAAAAAAGCACUGGUAGUACAACAUUUACGCACGCAAUAAACCCUGUUUUUGGUAUCCCCACCUCAUGUUGCAAAAUGCUUCUUGCGUAA